CUCUGGUGCCCUGGAAAACACAAGGGACCCAAAGGGAGAAAGAGGAAUUAGCCGAAGCCUUCCCCCGCCUCCACCCAAGAAACAAUAAUGUCUUUCACCAGGAAAAGGUGACCUUCGCUGAAGUGUGCCUGGAGGAAGAACGCAGAGACCCAAGUCAGCUCUAGCAGGUUGGAAGUGGGGCCACAAGCUUCAGGAAACAUGAGAAGGACCAUGACAUCACUGCCUCUGCUGGUCUUCCUUAGCAUGGCAGCCCACCUCCUGCAGCCCACCCUCUGCUUGAGGGUCGGUGCUUUCAACAUCAGAACCUUUGGAGACAGCAAGCUGUCCAAUCAGACCGUCACAGACUUCAUCGUCAGCAUUUUGUUCUUGUAUGACAUCACCCUCAUCCAGGAGGUACGGGAUGCCGACCUGAGCGCAGUGAAAAAGCUGAUGAACCAACUGAACCAGGCAUCACCGCAUCCAUACAGCUAUGUGGUCAGCAAGCCUUUGGGUCGCAACAGCUACAAGGAGCAAUACCUCUUCGUUUACAGGGAGGACAACGUCAUUCUCCUGGACAGCUACUAUUAUGACGACGGCUGUGAGCCCUGCGGGAACGACACCUUCAGUCGGGAGCCCUUCAUUGUGAAAUUUGCGGCACCUCAGACACAGGUGGGGGAACUGAUCCUGGUGCCUCUGCAUGCUGCUCCCGAAGAAGCAGUGGCCGAGAUAGACGCCCUCUACGACGUUUUCCUGGAUGUGAGAGACAAGUGGGGGACAGAUGACAUGCUGUUCCUGGGAGACUUCAAUGCUGGCUGCUCCUACGUCCGGCCUGAGGACUGGCCCCGUAUCCGCCUGCGCACCAACAGCGCCUUCCAGUGGCUCAUCCCAGACACAGCAGACACCACAGUGACCAGCACCCACUGUGCCUACGACAGGAUUGUGGCGGUUGGCCCCAGACUCAAAAGUGGCAUCCUGCCUGGCUCAGCCAAAGUCAACAACUUCCAGCGGACCUUCAGCCUGCAACAGAAGGACGCCUUGGCUGUUAGUGACCAUUUCCCCGUGGAAGUGACACUGAAAUCUCUCGGCAUUUCCUCCACCCCCAUGUAGCGUCACCCCCAACGCAGACCCCCAGGGGGGCUGCAGAGCUCUGCCCUCCGGCUGCAGGGGUAGAAAAUGGGCAGAUUCAAAGACCACGCUUUAGUUUUGGGAGAAGCCCCCAGGUCCCUCUGGCUUUUGGAUGACCAGGACGCCAGGCUCCAAGCGAUCCUUUCUGUGGCACGUGAAAUCCAAGCACUCUUCAAAACAAAAGAGGAUUAAUUCCACCCAAAUGUUUUCCCAGCUGCUGUGAAUGAUGAUGCUAAAGACGAACUGCCAAAUUGCCAAAAAUCAUGGAUUAUGCAAGGGCUGAUGGAUUUGACAAAUGGAAACUCAGCGAGAUAAUAAUAAAUAAUAAUAA